GCCCCUUUCCAUCUUGUUUGCAGACUGUCAACAGCUGCAGAGGUGUUCCCAUUCUGCAGUGAGAUGCCAGAGGAUGUCCUUCAGGGGAUUCCUUCCUCUCUAUGGUAAAAUUACAAGUACUCUGGCUUGGCUACUCAUGAUGUUCUUGAGGAAUAUUCUGAUGGAGACUGCAGGACAGAUGCCACCGCAAGGCUUUAGAUAUGCCUUUUAUGAGGUGACUAUCCCACGGAAACUGGCUCCCAAAUAUGGACAAGAACACCAGGAUAUUACCUAUUCUUUGCAGAUUGGAGGAAAAGGUUACAUUUUAUAUCUCAAGCAGAGGACAGGUUUGAUCCCUAAACAUUUCCCCAUCUUCACCUACAGUAAGGAGGGGGACCUCCAAGUGGAUUAUCCAUUCAUUAGGGAUGACUGUUUCUACCGUGGCUUUGUACAAGGUAACCCUCACUCUCUGGUCACACUCAGCACUUGUUCAGGAGGACUCAGGGGUCUCUUGCAAAUAGCAAAUGAGAUCUAUGAAAUUGAACCUGUCCAGGCAUCUGCCACCUUUCAGCAUGUGGUGUAUCGGUUGGAAGAGAAAGGAGAUGCUGUCCGCAUGAGGUGCGGGCUGACAGAGGAAGAGCAAAAGCGUCAAGAGUUCAUGAUGCAAACCACAGAGAAUGCAGUGACCAAAAGUGACUCUAGAAGAGUAUGGUGGACCCACACCAGGUAUGUCAAGGUUGCCAUUGUAGUGGACCAUGAACGAUUUGUGAAGUUUGACAGAAAUGAAACUCUUAUUUCUAUGCAAGUUCUGGAGGUUGUCCAUACUGCAAAUUCACUGUAUGAUCCACUUCCUGUUCAGUUGUCUGUAGCUGGACUAGAGAUUUGGUCAGCCAAGAACCUCAUACAAAUUUCUGAUACCAUAAACGACACACUAUUGUCUUUUACACUUUGGAGAAGAGACUCCCUUGUUAAACGACUACAACAUGAUGCUGGCCACUUGUUUUUAUAUAAGAGUUUUGGAACUACGCUUGGAUUAGCAUACAUGGGAACAAUCUGUGAUAAUCAAUGGGGAUCUGCAGUUGAAUCAUAUAUGACUUCCAGUUUAUUCCAUUUUUCUAACACAUUUGCUCAUGAACUAGGACAUAUUCUUGGCAUGAAACAUGAUGACAAAUACUGUAGUUGUAAUCGAAAUGCCUGCAUUAUGGCUGCAGUUCAGGCAACUACUGAUAAGUUUAGCGACUGCAGUUAUAAUGAUUAUUUCAGACUAAGGGAUUCUAGUUGCUUGUUCAUUCCACCAGACUCUGAUAAAAUGUAUAAACUAAAAAACUGUGGCAACAAAGUAGUGGAUAAUGGAGAGCAAUGUGAUUGUGGCUCAAAAGCUGAAUGUGAGUCAGAUCUAUGUUGCCAGUCUAAUUGUAUGUUUCGUUCUGGUGCCACCUGUGCUUUUGGCCAAUGCUGUGCCAAGUGUCAGUAUCUUCCAGCUCAAACAGUUUGCCGAGAUAACACAAGCAUCUGUGAUCUUCCUGAGUAUUGCACUGGGACUUCGGUUUGGUGUCCUGAAGAUGUUUAUGUGCAAGAUGGUGCCCCAUGCAAUGAUGGUGCACACUGUUAUCAUGGGAAAUGCACUACUCACCAGGAGCAGUGUAAACUGAUAUUUGGCACCCAAGCCACAGUUGCUUCAGAGGAUUGCUUCAGAGAAAUGAAUACUCAAGGUGAUCGCUUUGGCAAUUGUGGAUUUAAAAAUGGAACUUAUAACAAGUGUCAUGCCGCAAAUAUCCUUUGUGGACGAAUCCAGUGUGAUAAUGUGGAUAACUUGCCUUCUUUAGAGGAGCACAGCACCAUCAUUCAAUCACACAUUGGCAAUGGGCUUUGCUGGAGUAUAGACUACAACAAUAGAAUGGAAGCUACUGAUAUUGGAGCAGUGAGAGAUGGCUCUUCUUGUGGCCCUGACAUGAUGUGCAUUGAUAGUGAAUGUCUGAAUAUCUCUCAUUUGAUGUAUGACUGUGAUGUCAAAAGAUGCCAUCAUCGGGGAAUAUGCAACACUCACAAACAUUGUCAUUGUGAUUAUGGCUGGGCCCCUCCAGACUGUUUGUAUAAAGGGUAUGGUGGCAGCAUUGACAGUGGACCCCCUCCGCCACAGAAGCGUAGCUUAAGUUUUUCUACAAUAGGACUUAUUGUACGACUAAUAUAUAUACUUGCUGUUGCUGUUAUUUGGUUUGGCAUGUUUGUUCAUAUCGUAAGAAUGGGUUCAUACACAUCAGGGUAGAUUGCUGAGGUCAAGAUUCCACCCAAUGAAGUUAAUACAGGAAGAAGCUGCCCAGUAGAAUCCAGGAGUGACCAAUGCACGGUGCAUCUAAUAUGUAUACUCAAGCAAUUCUGGAUUAUAUUAUGCAGGCACGCACUUGAGUGUGCAACAUUUGAUUUUGAUUUUUAAUGCUGCUUUGAUGAAUUUUUUUUUCUAGGCAUGUUGGUGCAUAAAAAUCCUGGGUUCAUGGAAGGAAGGAAAUUCUGCUGUAUUUUGAAGCAGCCUCUAUUCCAUUUCUUAUAAAAAAUAUAUUGGUUUAGCCCGCUCUGAGAAAAAUCCUUUGUUCUUUGACAUGGAAGGCUAACUAAUAAUUUCUGAAAAAAUCCUUCUG